GCGAGGCCGGCGGCGGGGAUGGUCGUGGUGCAGAUGCUAUUCUCCGUGCUGAACAUCCUCAUCAAGCUCGCGCUCAACGACGGCAUGGACGCCCGCGUCCUGGUGGCCUACCGCUUCAUGUUCGCCGUCGUCUUCCUGUGCCCCAUCGCCUUCUUCGUCGAGAGGAACACAAGGCCACCACUAUCCAGGAAGGUCGUACUACACUUGUUCUUGUGUGGGCUGUUCGGAUUUACUAUAAACCAGAACCUGUACGUGCUGGCCAUAAAGUUAACUUCGGCAACCUUUGUUACAGCUAUCGCCAACCUGACACCUGCAGCAACCUUCAUUCUUGUGAUAUUGACAAGGCUUGAGACUUUGAAACUUAAGAAGCGUGCUGGGCAAGCAAAAUUUGUGGGAACCCUUAUCGGCAUGGGUGGUGCAAUGUUGCUUACAUUCUAUAAGGGGCCAGAGUUGAAGUUUCUUCGUCGGCUGCCGCGUCCCAAGCUUGUACACAUCACCAAAGCCCACCACACCCACCCACCAUCAAGUGGUAAUCAAAUUCUUGGCUCAUUUCUUGGCAUCACCAGUUGUUUCAGCUACGCUACAUGGCUUGUCAUCCAGGCGAAAGUGGGUGAAGUGUAUCCAUGCCACUACUCGAUUGCUGCAAUGGUGUGUCUCUUCGGUGCAAUCCAGUCGACUAUAAUGGCAGCUUGUGUGGAGAGAGACAAGGAACAGUGGAGGCUAGGCCUAAACAUUAGACUCUACUCGUCAGCUUACGCGGGCUUGGUAGCAUCAGGAUUCGCGUUCCCGUUACUAUCAUGGUGCCUGCGAAAGAAAGGGCCCCUCUUUAUCGCUGUGUUCAGCCCAUUGAUGCUCAUCUUCGUCGCAGUUCUGAGCUCCAUUCUUCUCAACGAGGCGUUGUACCUCGGGAGUGUGCUUGGUUCUAUACUAAUUGUGGGUGGCCUAUACCUGGUUCUUUGGGGCAAAGCGAAGGAACAAGCUGAGGUGUCCAAAGAUGACGAUAUGGGCAGGGAAUCCAUUCCUAUGACUGCUACCAGUGAAAUGAAAUAA